AUGAGUUGGAUGUCCUUUCUCUGUCUGGCCACGGCCUUUCUGGACCUCUGUAGGGGACACAACACUUUGUUUGAAGGAUAUGACCUGUCUAUGUCCAGCUACCACCUGUGUACUCGACAUGAGAGCACAGUGGUGAGUAAAGUGUUGUCCUAUAAGAUCUCUUACACGGUCAGGAGGUCAUGUGGUGGCUGGCUACCCUGGAAGAUGUGUGAGGUCACAGUUUACAAAAAGGCAUAUCGGACUGAGUACAUGAAUGUCAUCAAAGACGUUUUGAGGUGUUGUGAUGGCUAUGAACAAGUGGGCAGCUACUGUGCUUUACGCAGCAGAAGCUGGUGCUUUCACGUCACUGUGACAGCGAAGAUAGAUUACCAGUGGCUGAUAUCCAUGGACGGGGGAAUCCUGAACCACACAAGGCUGCUGCACUCUGUGGUGACUGGAGCGCUGGACUCUUAUGACGUCUUAGUAUACUAUAUCAGAUCCUGGCCUACAUGGCCAUUUAGAACCUCCUCCUCUCUGCUGAUUAGUUCCCCUGAAAUUCUGUCCCUGUCCAACACGACCACAAAGCUGCACCUUCUUCUCAUACACAUUGAAGAAGUCACCUCAGUGUCAGUUGAAGACAUGAAUGAGUGUAGCCAUGCCACUCUCAGCAGCUGCUCACGUCAGGCAGACUGUACCAACACAGAGGGCUCCUACAGCUGCACCUGCCAUCCAGGAUUAAUUGAUCUCAACCCCAACAACAAAGGGGUACACUGCCAAGCUGCUGACCCGGUGACCUCACUCGUGCCCAGUAAUGCCACUCAUAUGUUCUGGUGGGCCAAUGCUACAGAGUUGCCACCCAACAACCCCGCCCCCAUCACCAACCUGCAGGCUUCCAGCGUCACUGGCUCAUCCUUCUACGUGUCCUGGAUGACUGGCCAAUCCCAGAGCGGGUUUAGCUUUCUGGUGGUGCUGAUGGAGGGGUCAAAGGUCAGGGGACGCUGGGAGACGGGGCUGUCAGUCUGGGAGGUGACAUUGUUGAAGCCUGGGGUUCUCCACAACGUUACUGUCAUUUCCUGUCCCUAUGGGAGUCAGGGGGCCAGCCUGCUGGUUAAGACUGCUGCACAGACACUUGGAGCAACAGCUCACCUGACCAAUGUGCAGUUCACUGAUGCCCUGCUGGACCCUACUAGCCAGAUGUAUCAGAAUCUUAGUCGUAGUAUUAUGGAAGAGAUCAUCCAGUCUCUCCCUCCUGAUAUUCUGGCCCUGGUAAACUCAGGAGAUGUGAGGGUUCAGAUCACAGGCCUGGCCCCCGGCAGUGUAGUAGUGAACUUCACCAUCAUCUUCACACCCAGUCAGUCCCUGGACAUCCUGAAAGUGUCCUCUGUUCUGAUGCAGGCCCUACAGAACAGCUCCAGAUACACUGUUGACAGCAACAACACCAGCAUAGAUGAUGUUGAUGAGUGCAGUACAGGGGACAUGGACUGCUCCCCAUGGGCCCAGUGCACUAACACCUGGGGCUCCUACAGCUGUCUCUGUCUGGAUGGAUUCACGGACUCUAACCCCUCUAGGCCGGGACGGGUCUGUUCAGGUAGACCUCCUUUGACCACAACCACACCUAUGUCCACAACCACACCUAUGUCCACAACCACACCUAUGUCCACAACCACACCUAUGUCCACAACCACACCUAUGUCCACAACCACACCUAUGUCCACAACCACACCUAUGUCCACAACCACACCUAUGUCCGCAACCACACCUAUGUCCACAACCACACCUAUGUCCACAACCACACCUAUGUCUACAACCACACCUAUGUCCGCAACCACACCUAUGUCCGCAACCACACCUAUGUCCACAACCACACCUAUGUCCACAACCACACCUAUGUCCGCAACCACAACAAACACUCCGGUUACAACCAGCAAUACAGUGUCAACCACUACCACCUAUAAUACAACCUCAAUUACAUCCAACAAUACAGAUGCAGCUACAAUGAACGCACCCGUUACAACCACUGUCAACAAUACAGUUAGAAUCAACAACACAGUUUCAACCAAAACUCCAGUCACAAUCACAACCAUGGCGCCAGUUACAACCUCAACCAUCACUGAAGUUCCUACAAAAAUGACCAGCGGUCUCAUCAAAACCAGUCUGCAGCCUGAGACUCCUACAUCUCUGGCUCCUCUGGUCUCUUAUACGGAAGCCAUCUCAGUGGAGUGCAGGGCCAGUGCCAUCACGGUGACAGUGGCCAGGGACUUCCUGUGGUCGGGGCACAUUGGGGACUCUUCCCUGUUCCUAGGAACACAGGAGUGUGGCGUGAACGGAGGGAACAGUAGCCACGUCCAGCUGACGGUGGCUUGGGACGAGUGUAACACACAGCUCUUAUAUAACAGCACUCACUACACUGCUCAGGUGAAUCUGUACAACUUGCCUGAUGACACUACAAGGGUUCCCACAGUAUGGCUGAAGGUCCCCAUCAUAUGUACCUUCAGGAGGAGCAUCAUCAUCUCCUCUGGUUACAGCACCGCAGGGUAUGAUAUGAUCAAUGAUGCUGUCAUGGGCUCAGGGACGUUCUACGUGACAUUUCAGCUCCUGAAUGGAAUGUCACCCCUACCCCAGAACUACAGCCUGUCUCCUGAGGAGGACGUUGUGGUCGAGGUCAGCGUUGACUCCACGGUUGCCCAGAUCAAAGUGGUCAUCAACAAGUGCUGGGCCACCCAGAGCAGCAACCCCUUAGAGCCAACAACCUAUGUUUUUCUGGAAAACAGCUGUCCCCUCCCAAACACAUACACCACAGUCGUGGAGAACGGCAACUCCAGCAAGUCUCGCCUGUCUCUUCGCAUCUUCUCCUACAUCAACCUAAAUGUCAUCUACCUGCACUGCCAGAUUCAGAUCUGUAUCGAGACUGGCUCGGCCACCUGCCAGCCUGUGAGCAUCUGUCCAGAUUUAUUCAUACUGUACUACUCAAAUAUACAGUAUUUACUUUGAUGUCUAGAUUUACUGUCCAACCAGGGGUUAAAUGGGGUAUUUGGAGGUGGGGAAGCUCUGGCAGGUUG